AUGGCUUCAGCUUCUAAAAAAGCAACCUUUCUCCUAACUCCAGUCCUUUUCCUCUCACUGAUUCUAUGCCCUGAAGCCACUGGCAACUUUCCCAGCAGCAACAUCACCACCUGCUAUCCAAAGGAAAGGGAAGCCCUAUUGAGAUUCAAAAAUGGCCUGAUAGACUCCUCCCGUUGGCUUUCUUCCUGGAGGGGCCUGGACUGCUGCGAGUGGCCCGGGGUGGCCUGCGACGGCUCCACUGGCCAUGUCAGGAGGCUCGAUCUUAAAAGUCCCGAUUUCUGCACCGACUACAUGGUCAGGGAAGACGGUGAUCCAGAGUCUUAUAUGCUGCAGUGCCUGAGCGGGGAGUUGAGUCCCGCUCUGCUCGAUUUGAAGUACCUGAGGUACUUGGACUUGAGCAGCAAUAAUUUCCAGGGAAUCCCGAUUCCUGAUUUUAUUGGCUCGAUGAAGAGCCUGAGGCAUCUCGACCUCUCCCUUGCUUCCUUUGGAGGGUUGGUACCUUCUAGCCUUGGAAACCUUUCGAAGUUGCAGUACCUUGAUCUGACAGUUGACUUUUAUUCGAGUUGGGGCCUCUGGGUGUCUGACCUCGGUUGGCUGUCUGGUCUCUCAUCCUUGAACAACCUCAGACUUGUUGGGGUGAACCUAAGCGCAGCAUCGGAUCACUGGUUGAAGAACGUUGCCGAGCUCUCUUCGCUCGUAGAGCUGAGCUUGGUAGGAUGUGGGCUAUCUAUCUUCCCUACCCAUUCUGUACCAUGGAACUUCACCUCCCUCUCGACUCUUGAUCUAUCUGAUAACAACUUCAAUUCCUCGAUUCCUAAAUGGAUUUUCGAAAUUGGCUCUCUUGUCGAGCUUCGAAUGAGCACCACUUACCUCGUGGGCGCUCUUCCAGCAAUGGAAGAAGCCAGUCUAUGCAACUUGCAGAAGCUCGACUUGUCGUUCAAUAACUUAACCGGCGAUGUAAAAGGCCUUGCUUUGGGCUUGUCUGGAUGCUCGAAUAGCAGCUUGGAGAAGCUAGAUUUGAUGGAAAACAAGUUCCAUGGAGAUUUGCCUGAUUCCCUAGGAUCCCACGGAUACCUGAGAGUUCUCCUACUGAAUCAGAACUCAUUUUCUGGAUCAAUUCCAAGCUCCCUAGGAAACUUGUCCCGCUUGGAAGAGCUCAACCUUUCCGAAAAUGAGUUGAACGGAACCAUCCCUGAGAACAUCGGCGGUCUCUCGGAGUUGACUAUAUUGGGCCUCCUCUCCAAUUCCUGGGAGGGAACCGUGUCCGAAGAUCACUUCUGGAACCUGACAAAGCUGACAGAUCUUUCUUUAUCAUCUGCGAAGUUGGGAAGGAUGAGGUUCAGGGUAAGACGGGAUUGGGUUCCGGUUUUCGAUCUCAAGUCCAUCUGGAUCAGUAACUGUCCAAUGGGUCCAGGAUUCCCAGAAUGGCUCAAAUCUCAGAAGAAACUAUCCACCAUAGUCCUUUCCAAUGCUGAGAUUUCGGACACGGUACCUCAUUGGUUGUGGGGAAUAUCUCAACAGAUUGGGCAGCUCGAUCUGUCAAGAAAUCAUAUACUGGGUACGCUUCCCUCGAGUUUGUCCUUCGACUUCCCUGCUACCGUGAAUUUAGCCUCAAACCAUUUCGAGGGCCCAUUCCCACUUUGGUUGGGGAUCAACAAGCUCUCCCUUAGGUAUAAUCUCAUCUCAGGAGAAAUUCCUUCCCAUAUUGAUCUCUACAUGUCGAGAUUGAAGUACCUAGACGUGGCCAACAACUCACUUAUGGGUAAGAUACCUGCUUCCAUAAGCAAAGUGAAAAAUCUGGCAUAUCUCGAUUUAUCCCAAAAUUUUCUAUCCGGGCAUAUAUUCUCCGGGUGGACUGAAAUGCCAAACCUGAAGAUCUUAGAUCUUUCCUGGAACAAUCUCUCCGGCGCCAUCCCAAGGAAAAUGUGCUCACUGUUCCCUUUGCUCGAGUGGUUAAAAUUAAGCACCAAUAAUAUCUCCGGGAAACUCUUUUCAUCCUCGCUCAACUGCUCUCGCCUAUUCACGCUCGAUCUUGGGGAAAAUAGACUCCACGGUCCCAUACCUAAUUGGACCCUCACAAGUCUGAAUUCAGUAUCAGAGUUGAUCCUCCGGGCCAACAAUUUCACAGGAAACUUUCCGGAACAACUCUGCUGUUCCCCCAUUCUCCAUGUUCUAGACCUCGCAAAUAAUGGACUCUCAGGAUCAAUUCCUCGAUGUCUUGCAGAUAUGGAUGGGAUGAAAUCUUACCAGCCAUACUAUCAGUUACCCCCUGAGUUCCAUUCAUUUUACUCCGGAAAUAUCGAGCUGAAUAUGAAGGACAGGCCAAUGAAGUACUAUGAAUUGAUCCCGCUAGUGAAUUUGAUUGACCUCUCGAGAAACAAUCUCUCUGGAGAGAUCCCAGAAGAGAUAACGAGCCUCUCCUUCUUGGGUGCUUUGCGUUUAUCAGAAAACCAUUUGACUGGCAAAAUUCCACAGAAUAUUUCUCUCCUGACAAAGUUGGAGACCCUCGACCUCUCGUCGAACCAUAUUUCAGGGGCAAUUCCUGCUAGCAUGUCUUCCAUGACCUUACUGGUUCAUCUCAACUUAUCUUUCAACAACUUGUCAGGCCCUAUUCCAUUUGAGAACCAGUUUCAAACUUUCGAUGUGCCUCUGUUCGAGGGAAACCCAGGUCUCUGUGGCCCACCACUGACGACCAGCUGCUCAACCCCUGCUGAUCAGGAUCGAAAACAUGGGGAUAAUGGAGGGGAGGGAGGUGACAAAGGUGAUCUCGAAGAUUUGUGGUUAUACAUUUGGACAGGGUCGGGAUUUCUACUGGGGUUUUGGUCUGUUUGUGGCUCGUUGGCCAUAAAGAAAUCAUGGAGGCAUGCUUACUUCCAGUUUGUAGGUAGGGUCAUGGACAGGCUAUAUGUGUUUGUUGUAGUACACAUAGCUCGUUUGCGCAGGAAGCUGACGGAAAGAAGAGGUCAAUCCGAAAAUUAGAACUUGUCUUUUCAUUGUUCGCUUCAUAGUCAUCUCCUAAGAUACCAGCUAGGAAUUAGAACUCGAAUAAUCUGUAGACUAUUGUAGCGCAAGCAAACAUUACAAGAUAUUAUAUAUGACUCGUUUUCCUACUA